ACGCGUCAGAGGUCAAGAUCAUUUAAUAUAAUAUUCCAAGUUUGGAGCUCAUGCGGCCGCCGGUGAAAGUGGCGAAUACGAGCACUCGGGCAGCGGCGCGAGACGGACGCGGGCGUGCUAGCGGGCCCGACGUGGCGGAAGUGAAUUGAAAAAUAUCUCGCCUGUGGUUACAAUACGGGUCGCAUAUGUUGCGUUCGCGGCGAGCGCAUCGCGAAUAUAGUGACAUGAAGUUACCGUAAAUAAACGCUCCGUGUACUAAGUGUCAACUCGAUCGUGUUUUGUUUUUAUUAUCAAACAUGUUAAAUAGUAGCGACGGACGUAAUAGAUAAGAAAUAGUGAUGGCUAGCAGCGGAGGAGUCGAGCCGGCGAGCUUGGAGUACAUGGAGGAUCCUUACUUCUUGCCGCCGGACGACGACUCGACGCCUAGCUUCGAUGUGGCCGUGGACGAGCUGGAUGAGCUGGAGGAGCGCGCCUGGCCCCAGGACGACCUGGACGCCUCCUGGCGCGCGCUCCCGGACCUCGCAGAUGCAGCACUGUGCAUUGAAACAGAAUUCUACAUGGACAAUCGGCGCAGAAGGGUCCGCAUAUUCAAAAAGAAAAUGCGCGAAGUUAGAGUCACCUUUCAAGAUUUAUCUAAGCCAUAUCUUGCCAAAGUGUCCAGCCACACGAAUUAUAAAAAGUUUUUAGGUAUCACACCUGGAGCUGAAGAAGUGAUCCCCGGCGCGGGCGCCGGCGGCGACACGCAGACACCCGACGAGCUCGCGGGUCUCACGCCCGAGCAGGCGGAGCAGCUCCGCGCGGAGUGGAGUCGUGAGCUCGCGCGCGUCGACGAUGAGAUCGCCACCCUGCGCACCGUGCUCAACAGCAAGAUGCGUCAAAGCUCCGAACUUAAAAGAAAGCUCGGCAUCACAGUGUGGAAGGAGAUUACUGAAGACGUCAAUCAAGGUUUUAAAAAUGUGAAGGAAAGCCAAGUCUAUCAAUCAAUAGAAACUCGCGUGGCAGCGCUUACUCAAGCUGUGACCGAAGCACCAAUAUACCAAAAAACGGAAUCUGUGAUAAAAUCGACGGCGGAGAAGACCACGUCGAUCCUGGGAGGCAUCACCGCCGGCGUGUCCACCAAGCUCGGCCAGAUGCGCAACUCCGAGUCCUUCCGCUCCAUCGAGGAGCGCGUCGGCUCCGCCUACGAGAACGUUAAGGGCAAGGUGGCGUCCCGGUCGAACUCGACGCAGAGCUUCGACGAGGCGCUGCGCGACGCCAGCCGCGCGGCCAGCGGCGCCACCUCGCCCACCAUCCCCGAGCACAAGCCGCUGCCCUAGUGCGGCGCGCACACACCGGACACCAGGGCUCCACUACCGACCCACUCCACAGGCGAUUCACUACGGGCCAGUCGCACCGACCACUAAUAGUGGAUCGACGUCCCUCGGCGGUCAACUAUGAUGAUAUUUCUUAUACGAUACAAUUUUGAGAACACUUUAAUGGGUGUUAAGACAGACGGCUCGUGCGACCGACCCUAACUCGACCUCAUACUGCAACAUGCACGGAAUGUUGAAGAGUGUAAACGCAUGCUCGACAGUUUUGGAUUCUUUUGGUCCUAGCGCUAUAAUUACUGCCUCGGCCCCUGAGUUACGGAAGCGUUUAUCAUUCAUACACCAGUACUUGAUCUAAGCAAGUGUGAUUGGAUUUUGCAACUAGUUGACACUCGGGGUAGUCCGGACACGCUUCCCGUAAUCAUUCUUAAAAUGCUUGCACUUUAAGUUAAAACUUCAUUGGCUUUAUGACGUAUUGAGUAUUUUAUGAUAGUUUGCAAUCGUGUCUAAUAUUUAUACAUUAUUUAUUAUGUGUCGCAGCUGGUUGGGCGGUAGCGUUGUGGCGAAACUACAAUAUUCUGAUUUGAUACCUUAAUUCGAACCCCAUUAUUACUUUUGUUAUGUUAUUUAUAUUAGAAUUAAUGUACUUAAUGGGGGAUCAGUGUUACGCUACGAGGUAUCCUAUUAAAGAGAUAUAUGUCGAUUACUAUUUAAUUUCGUUCGUAUUCUUUUAGCCCAUGACUAAUAGUUUUAUCACUGUUUAGGAAAUAAUAUCAGUUAGAACGUUUGUUUCGCCAAUAAUUUAGUAGGUCCCUUCUAGAUGUUUCCUCCUUACAAGUUUAUGUCAGAUUUAAUCACAAUUGAGCAUAUGCAUGUAAUUGUAGUGAGUGUACGUUGGAUUCUUCAAGACUGCCUGAUGGCCUCUAAUCACUUUACCUAAAGGGUACUUUAUUAUAUACUUGUGUCUAAAAUGCAUUCCACGAAAGUUACUCAUUUAUAGUGUCUAUUUAAUGUUUUUAAUGUUAAAUUUGUGGUGAGACGAAGAUAAAUUCAAUAAACGUUGGUACGCUAUGAACGAUUGAUUACAAUAGUAUAAUAUGCCUGUUGAAGGACAACAAGACCUCACCGACGUCCUUAGGUCCAGUUGAUAACUAAAACUAAUAUAAUAUUUUUGUAAGAUGCUUAGCUUUCCUUUACUUAUAAAAUAUUUUCACUAUUUACAUCAAAUACCUUAAGAAUGGUAAAUAAAAUUUAUGUAUAAAA